AUGGAAAAAACACCUAAUCUUCAAUAUUUUUCUACAUUAGUUUCAUUUUCAUCUGCAUGUGAUAGUAAUGAUGAAAUUGAUAAAACACCACCAUCAUCAAUGAAUUUAUCAAUGAAAGAACUUAAAUUAAUUGGAAUAUCUUCGCCAAAAUUAAUGAUAAGUACAUUAUUUCGAAUGCCAAAUUUAGUACAUUUAAAUAUUGAAUCAUCAUUUAUUUAUUUUGAUGGAAAUCAAUGGAAAGAUAUUAUUCAAAAUAAUUUACCAAAAUUAAAAAUAUUUCAUUUAAAUAUGACAUAUGAAUAUAAAAAUUUAAAAAAUAAAGAAAAUCAAGUUGAUAUAAUACUUGAUACAUAUCGAGAUUCAUUUUGGAUGGAUGAACAUCAGUGGUUUAUGGGUUGUCUUUGGGAUAAUUCAAAGAAUAGUUCAUGGAUUUGUUUACAUUCAUUACCAUUCUCUUUUCGAAAUUAUUUUGAACCAAAAUCUCAAAAUAAUUAUCGAAUAAAAUGGAUAAACUCAUCAUCAAAUAUGAAAUAUUCAUAUAAUAAUAUUGCUUAUUUAAAUUAUAAUCGUUCACUUUUUCGAAAAAAAAAUUUUUUAAAUGUGAAAUUUUCUAAUUUACAAUAUCUUGAUAUUAAAUUACCAUAUGACAAUCAUUUAUUCCUAACAUGUUCAAAAUUUGAUAAUUUAAUUGUAUUAAGAUUAAAUUUAUCAUAUAAUUAUUCAUUAUUUAAAUUACAAGCAUUACUUGAUAAAUUAUCUCAUUUAAUUACAUUAGAAUUUCAAUCAUGGUUAACAACAGAAGAAAUACCACCUUUCAAUUUAACUAGUAAAUCAGUUCGUCGUUUAAAUUUAAAUGGACGUAAUGAAUUAAAACAUUUUCAUUGUUUUAAUCGUCAACAAUCGAUUAAAUUAAGUAAAUCGCCAUUAGGUAUUCAGUGUCAAGUGCUCCAUAUUGAAGUGAAUGAUGUAUUAGCAAUACUUGAACUUGCAUUUAAAAUGUUUAAUUUACGGACACUUCAUGUCAGAUACGACAAAGAUCCACGAAAUCAGAGACCUGAACUUAUCGAUUGGUUGCAGUAUCAUUUACCAUCAACCAUGAUUGUAACCCAAAGAUGUUAUGGGGAAUAUAUUAUUCAGCCAAAGAUUUAUUAA